UUAGUCUCGCGUGAAUGAAGUGCAAAAGAGAAAGAAAGAACGAAAAGAUGAAACAGAAAUAAAUCUAUCUGAACACGCACGGGUAGAAAUUUCCUUGCGUGUUUUUGACGUUUCUCUUUCUACUCUUUCUCUCUUUUUUGGAUUUGCUUUAUUUCAUUUUGAAUUGUUGAUGAAUGAAGAACAGAAAUAAAAAUGGCUGAGGAAUUCAAAUGGAGCAAGGAAUUAACGUCCGAGCUCAUUUUGAAUUAUGAAAUGCACCCCAUUCUCUAUAAUCCUUGCCAUCCGGAAUAUAUAACAAACAGGGUCAAAAAGGCAGAUGCAUUUCAAAGUUUGUUAAAUGCACUGAAGCCUUUUGAUCCGAAUAUAACAAUGGAUGCAAUAAAAAGAAAAAUCCGUACAUUGCGUAGUCAAUUUUCUAAGGAGUUGCGUGAAACGGAAAAGUCGAAGAAGAGUGGGGCUGGUGCCGAUGAUUUACAUGAGCCUAAACUCUGGUGUUAUGACCAAUUAGUCUUCUUAAAAACUUACUGCAAAACCCGAACAUCGGAAUCGAAUAUUGAAGAGAACAGCGAGCAAAACCCAGUACCCAGUCCCUCCUACCACUCCAGCACUCAAGAUUCGGAUUUUGAAAAUAAUUAUACAAGCAAAAAAAAAGUAAGCACAUAA